GAACCAUGCUGGGGAAAAGAGAAAAAGAAGGAAGAAGGGAAAAGAAGAGAAGGAAAGGUAAUGGUGGAAGGACGGGUGAAGGGGGAGGGGAGGGAGAAAAGGACGGUGUUACGGACGGCGGGGCGACCUCUGGGGGGACGGGGACAAGGCGAGGGCCGAAGAGCAUCGCACUAUGCGUUGCAUGCAUUGCUUGGGCAUUGCUGUCGAAUAUGGCGUCGAGCUCGGAGCUGCUGGAAUAUUCGUCCCCGGUGAAGCGUCGUAAGGUCGACGGCGGCAGAGGCCACGGGAGCAUCAGCGCAGCUUUGGCGGAUCCGCAGCGUGGCGAGACUUCACACGACAGCCCACACGACGAUCUCGAAGAAGCACUUGGUACAGACAGUGGAUUUAAUGAACUGAGUGAUGAAUCUAAAUCAGCUUCCAUAUCUCCCGCAGCCUCGAGUUUAAUAUCACCACCAUUAAGAGUUGAUUCCAUCAGUAAUGAUACUGGUUGUCCCAUUGAUGCAGAUGAGAAAGAUGAAGUAUCCUCUACUGUGUCAAAUCUAUCAGAUUUAUCAGGUUUGUCUGAUCUUUCUGGAGAAGCAGAAGUCAAUCAUCAGUGGAGAAAUGCUUCUUCAUGGAUUCAGAAACAGAUGUUGACGGGUGCCAAUCCUAGAGAUCUCCUACACAAUCUGCUCAUGGAUUCCAUACAAGUCCCUGAACAAGUUGACGAUCUCACUUUAUGGAAGAUUAUAAUCAAUAUGAUGUCCGAACCUCCAAGACGGCAAAAGCUUAAACAUAUAAAUACUUUAUCUGAUGUCGUACGAUUAAUACGCAGUAGCAAGAAAAUUAUAGUAUUGACUGGCGCGGGCGUAAGUGUCAGCUGCGGUAUUCCUGAUUUUAGAAGUAGAGAUGGUAUUUAUUCAAGAUUAGCGCAGGAUUUUCCAGACUUACCAGAUCCACAGGCUAUGUUUGACAUUGACUAUUUUAGUCAAGAUCCCAGACCGUUCUACAAAUUUGCGCGCGAGAUAUAUCCAGGGCAGUUUAAACCUAGCCCUUGUCAUAGGUUCAUCAAAAUGUUAGAAAAGCAGAAGAAGCUCUUGAGGAAUUAUUCACAAAAUAUUGACACUUUGGAACAAGUCGCUGGUAUCGAAAAUGUGAUUGAAUGUCAUGGCUCUUUCGCUACCGCAUCGUGUACAAAGUGUAAAUAUCAAGUUAGAGCGAAUGACAUCAGGGAAGAUAUCUUCGCACAGAGGAUACCUACGUGUCCAAAGUGCCGUGUCAAUGCAUUGCCCUCUCUGUCCGAAAUGAAUUGUAGCGAGAACUAUAGAGAUUUGGUGUCGCAAGGUAUAAUGAAGCCAGAUAUUGUCUUCUUCGGUGAAGGCCUCCCAGAUGCUUUCCAUGACGCGAUGGCCAAAGAUAAGGACGAUUGCGACCUUCUAAUAGUUAUUGGAUCAUCUUUGAAAGUUCGGCCGGUUGCCCUAAUUCCUUCAUCCAUUCCGUCGCAUGUACCGCAGAUCCUUAUUAAUCGAGAACCAUUACCACAUCUCAAAUUUGAUGUUGAGCUAUUGGGAGAUGGUGACAUUAUUAUAAAUCAAAUUUGCCAUUUAAUGGGCGAUACUUAUGAGGAAGUUUGUUGGUACGAUAAAUUUCUGACGGAAGUCUCGCAGCUUUUACCAUUGCGAUGUCUGUCUGAUGAUACUUGGGAACAGAGUCAAGACACGACAAGUAAUACUGAAAUAUCGCGCGAUAGUGCAGAAGUUGAUUUGAAACCUCACACUGUUGUAUCCUCGACUGAAAGUCAGGAUAGCCUUUCUAUCACGAAUGUAAUGCCACAUCACUGUACAAAUGAUAUCGAUGUCUGUGUAUCAUCUUUGCAUAGUAAUCAUAUUCAGGUGGAGAAUCCAGAAGAGAUCUUCAAUAUUCUAGGAGAAAGUCCGAAAAGACGAUUGGGCGACACUAGUAUAGAGAACAGUCCUAAGAGGAUGAAUUUUGGUAGCACACGCGAGACAGAAGUUGCGAGUUCCACAUCACCAGUGAAAGUGAAUACUAAACACACAAUGAUCUCGUCAGAAAACGAACUUCACAUUACAUAUGAAAAUAAUUCGGAAGAAUGUCAGGUGGUGCCGACAGUAUUAUCUCUUUCUUCAGAAGCUGUAAUAAGCGAAACUACUCUGGAGUCUCACAAGUCGCUAAAUAAGUGUGGAAAAUCAAAAAAGUAUGAUGACGUUGUCGCGAAUCUAGAUGCUACUAUUGAAUCAGACAAAACGAUACCGAAACCGAGGCAAGCAUCGGUAGACUCGGUAUUGGAUUCAGGUAUAGGUGAUAGUUGUAACAGUAUUGAUAGCACAGAAGAAAAGUUUCAUAUAACUGAAUUGAAGAACCGAAGAUUAGAGAGACAUUGUUGGCAAUCAAAGAUUCGGGAGAGCCUCGCUACUAGAUUACCAGAAAAUUCCUAUUACCAAUUGGCAGCAGGCAGGUAUAUUUUCCCUGGCGCGGAGGUCUAUUCCGAACCUGAGCAAUAUGAUCAAUGUUCCCUUUCGGCAAAUUCCGAGAGCACAGAUAGCGACAGUGAUUCUUCUUCCGGAGAAGAAGAAGAAGAAGAUGAGGAGGAAGAGACAGGCGCGGACGAUGAUCUGUCAGAGGAUACAAAUGCCGAUGCCGACACUAACGGUCAAAACAAUGAUGCAAAGUGAGCGAGUAAUUCUUAUACUAUUACACAACAUUAAAUAAUAUUAAAUGGAGAGUUGCGUUUGGACAUGACGAAUAGUUUUAAUGUUAUUCUAUCGAUUUUUAUCAGCAUUUGUUGCGAUAAUCUGUAUAGAAUAAGUAAACGGUGCAAUUUUUAUCGAUUCAGUUACGAAGCAAAGUGAUAUCUACACACACAUA